AUGGUUCAGCUGCGUUUUCUCUACGACUUUGCAAGCGCACAAGACCGUGAUACGAGGAUCAGAGGCUCGCUCGAUCAGAUUCCUCAAAUGAUGGCAGACUCGUCGCCAAACUCAUGGUUUCAUUCUGCAUUGUCAGCACUUGCACUGGUAAACUUUGGUGGCAGGCUCAAGUCCCAAGAGGCGAAGGAUGCCGCAGUUGUGUUCUAUAACGAUGCCCUUGGUCGGUUUGCAAGCGUAAUGUCUAAUUCUACCAGUGGGAAGAUCAAGAUGGAGGAAGUCCUCUUUGGGAUAUUCCUCUUGGGCAUCUACGAAGUCAUGACUUCGACAGAUUUCGAUGGGAUCUACGCCAUCCACCUGCGAGGAGCCAUUUCCAUCCUGGAACAUUUUUGGGAGGGCGGCGAGGGGAGGAAACGACUUGAUAAACCCAAUUACGCGCCCGUCCUCCACAUGCAAACUCUCAUAUUUUGUCUCGCUAACAAUGAGCCGCCGCCAUUGUUUCUUGCAGACAUGAAACUACAUGCAACAAGCGAUCCCAGAUCCGACUUGACCACUCUUAUGCACAGAGCCUGCCAAAUCCGACAUGAUCUUACGCAGCGGUCUUCAUCAAUUGGAAAUGACAAACCAAACGAAAACCUACCACAGAGGCUGGACCCACGACUCCAGGAGCCCAUGGAUGUCGAUGAGGCGCUGGAAGAGUGGUAUCAGCAAAACACCAGUCGCGGGGAAUGGGCUUCAUCCCGAGUUUACGCUGUAAAUGUUCAGGGCCGACCACAAUGGGCUCGAGAGCUCUUCAGCCUCCCGGGGUCUCCAAGCGAAAUGCUCGUCUAUGAUAGCUUCCUAGCGGUGCUAUCCACAAACCUCUACCGUGGUACGCGUCUCCUGCUAAAUCUCUCCAUCCUCGAGUGCGCUCACCCAAGCGUUGACUCGUCACGCUCUGAUACCAAUACAUCCGGAAUCGAUGAGUCCCUUGUUUCGUCUACUGCUGCACUGCUGAUGGAGAUUAUCAAUGAUCUUUGUAUGACUGUGCCGUCCAUGCUUCAAUUGACGGCAACGGGUGGUAUGGAUGACCCGCAGUCGACAGACGAGUUGUACAGCCUCAGAGGCAUUCUGAUGCUAUGGCCUCUUUCCGCAGCUAUGGCGUGUUUGCAGAACCAGGAUGUUCAGAAAUUGGACGUUGACUUUAGACGAGGUUGGGUGCAAGGUGUACUCGCAUUUUUGAAGAACUCUAUGAGUUUGGCAAAGGCACAAGCGUUUGUUACAAAGUAUAAAUAA